ACGGUGUUUUAGAUGAGGUGUGGUAAGGAAAGUUACACUCAGCAUAGCUCUCGUAGAUGUGAGCCUUAAUCACGCCAGAGAGAUAUACCUCUGUCAUUAGUGUACUUCAAUAUCAAGUUGACUAGGAAAAGUGUUGAGGACAUCUGUUACUUUCUGAAUGAAGUGUCUCUAAAGAUUCUCUAAAGAUUCACGUUAUAAAUCAAUUGUUCCGUGGAGUAAUCAAAGUCUUCCUUUGCAAGUGUCUGUGUGAAUGUAUCCAUUAUUUCUUUAUACAGACAAGUAUAUAUUUGUUAAGUUUAUUUUAGCAUUUUGUCUUAAGUCAUACCAACUCUUGCUUCUAAUGUGAUUUGCUCACAUGACGCAAUUUUCACGGAUAUUAUAGAUCAGAAAACGUUUGGCAACUGUCAUAUCAUUUAUUUGCUCCGUUUCUUUUAACUACUGUUUUCUAAGUUUAAAAUAGUUGUUAGCUAGAAGCAACUGACGAUGGAAUAUAAUAAAUGUACGUGUUGAAUCCAUCUAGACUAUGAUGAGAGUCUCAACUACUGUGCCUUCAAAUAUUGUUGGCAUGAAAGAUUCCUAUUUUUCUUAUUGUAACGAGGCUUAAGGAGUUUAAAUAUAAUAAUUUUUGUGAAGAUCUGCAAUCAGCGGGAUAUAGAUAUAAGAAUGAGCUAUACUGACGUAACUCCAAAGAGUAGAAAAGAUUUAAGUACUUUCGGAUUCCUAAAAACUAUCAUAGUUAUUUUCUAUUAUUUUACGGAAAUCGAAUACAUUUUAAAUGCGAAAAAAAUAUUUUAAAUCCGAUUUUAUUUUAGUAACGGUUUAAGUAUUAUUAUUAUAAAUUACAAAUACAUUUAAAGUAUCACCUAAAGAACUAUUUUAAGCAUUUUAUAUGUGUCUAAAAGCUAUGAAAAAAAAAUUAAAAAUUUAAAAAUCAUGAUCAAAGAAUUACACCGUAAUCAAUUUUAUCGUAAAAACCCAAACAUCAAUUGUUUUAAGUGCGUCUUUCAGUGCGUUGUUAAUAUUGCCAAAUAAAAAUUUUAAUUAAUUUGUUCUCAAUAAUCACGCAAAUGACGUUAUACUGCGAAUAGCCUAUCGCCAAAACUCUUAGGUGUCUUUAAAUUUAAUAACCAUGCGUGAAUAAACUUAUUAUGUAUUUUCCCUUCUUAAAAGUAAAAUGAAUAAAUACAAUUGAUUGCUUUAUAAAUUGUUAAUUAAAAACACACACAUUUAUGUUGUCUAUAUUUUAACAUUUUAAAAAAAUGGCUUUUUUUAUUCCAAAAAAUACCUUUAUUAAAAUUAUAACGUAAUAAAAACUAACCUUUAAAAAUAAUUCUAAUAAGAAAAUGCGGUUUAAGUCAAACAGUGCAGCGCAACUCCAUAGCUAAAUAGCAUUGACUAAUCAACUUAUAACUAAAGCAAAAAAUGACGAACCAUAUGAAGUGCAAAUUAUGUUAGUUUGGGUUUGGAAGGGACUACAAUCCGGUGGAAGAUUUUUCUAAAUUUAUUUAAAUCUGGCUGGGGGAGGGUUUGGUUACUUUGCCCGAGGCAGCACAAGAUAAUCUCAAAAUAAAGGAAUGAAUUUGAUAAAUAAUUAAUUUUCUUGGGUAAAUACAUUUCGGAGGUAGGAAUAAGAUGUGUACAUUUGUAUGUGGAUUACUAUAUAGUUAACUCCUAUCGCAUUACAUUUGUGAAAAAGAGAUGUUACAUUCUCUUUUUACAAAUAUGGAUAUGUUCAUUUUGCCCAAGGCAGCACAAAAUACAUCUCAAAAUAAAGGAAUGAUUUUGAUAAAUAAUUAAUUUUCUUGGGUAAAUACAUAUCGGAGGUAGGAAAUAAGAUGUGUAGGCCUACAUUUUUACGUGGAUUACAACAUAGUUAACUCCAAUGGUACUACAUAUGUAAAAAAGAGAUAUUUCAUUCUCUUUUUACAAAUAUACGUAUGUUUGCCAAUUAAGAAAAUCAAUGACGUUAACAAAUCUUGGGUACCUUUAUACAAGUAUACCCAUGAAUAUCAAAACCCAAUCAUUUUACACACUUGAAAAAUUAAUUUUGAAAAAUUGACAUGGGUUAAUAUUUACUUUCAAAAAUGUAAAAUAUAUAUUUGUUUUUACUUUGCAAAAAAAAAAAAAAAAAAAAAAAAAAAAGAAAAAAAAAGAGAUGUGUAUUCUAUGAGAGUAACCAUUUAAAUGUAAAAAAGCAACAAGACCCACAUCUGUUAGAGACGUGAAAAUCGGUUGCGCGUUUCUUCUUUCGAUCAAAGAAUUCUUUGUUAUAAGAUUUUCUGAUAAUAUAUUAUAAUUUUUUUUUUUUUUAAAAGACAAACAUGUUUUUACAUUUUUGCUGAAGAUAUCAUUAUAUAUCGAAUUCCUAUAGCAUAAAAUAUUUCUAUAUCAUAUGUAGAGUUUUUGGUGUAAAUUUAAGGUAAGUUUUUUUCCAACAAUUUUUAGAGAAAAAAGUUGUAAUUCAAGUGCACGAGAAGGGGUAAAUCUAAAGUAUUUCUUUAAAGUAGUAAUUGCCCCUCAAUUAACUUCUUUAGUGACAAAAGUGAUAAAAUUAGUGAUAAUUUAGACUGUGUAAUUUAAGAUCAUGUUUAUUGGGGGGGGGGGGGGGGGGAGUAGUUUAGGAGCAUGAAAGGGAGUAGGGUAGGCCUAUAAUAUAUAGCAGAUAAAUACUUCUCAAAAAUUAAUGAUGUUAGAGAUGUAAAUAUCAUUAAAUUUUUAAAAUUAUCAAUUGUGAUGAGUUUUUGCAAUAGCAGUUAGAAAUUAUCGCAAAGGAACGACCAUUCUUAUUCCGAUAACAUCGGGUCAUUUAUUCUUUAUUAUUAUAUAAAAAUUAGCAACAUUGGCCACCAUAACUUUUUAACGUUCUGGUGAAAUUACGCAUGGAGUUACAUUGAGACAUUGGAAAGUUUUACAGACUGAUCUACAUUAAGACAUUGGAAAUAAUACAGACCGAUCUACAUUGAGACAUUGGUGAUAUUACAGUCUGAUCUACAUUGAGACAUUGGUGAUAUUACAGUCUGAUCUACAUUAAGACAUUGGAAAUAAUACAGACUGAUCUACAUUGAGACAUUGGUGAUAUUACAGUCUGAUCUACAUUAAGACAUUGGAAAUAAUACAGACCGAUCUACAUUGAGACAUUAGUGAUAUUACAGUCUGAUCUACAUGGAGACAUUGGUGAUAUUACAGUCUAAUCUACAUUGAGACAUUGGUGAUAUUACAGUCUGAUCUUCAUUAAGACAUUGGAGAUAAUACAGACCGAUCUAAAUUGAGACAUUGGUGAUGUUAUAAAAUAGGAGUUCUGAAAAAGAAAGCUUCCUGAAUGUUGCACUGGAGGUUUUUUCCAACUACAAGCAUAGCUUUAUUCAAUAUAUAUAACCGCUAUAUGUUUAAAUAUGUGCAUUAAUCCAUACUUUUUAGCUUCGUAUCAGUUCAUCAUGAUCUCACAUUGGCUAAAAAUCAUUAUAUCAUGUAUUAAAUUAUAUUAGUCACUACACAUGUAUAGUUAUAAUACUUAAGCUGAGAAGCUUAAGGUUGACAUUUAGCUUUCUAAGGGAAUACAUUUAUAUUUAGCUUCCUAAGGGAAUACAUUUAUAUUUAGCUUCCUAAGGGAAUACAUUUAUAUUUAGCUUCCUAAGGGAAUACAUUUAUAUUUAGCUUCCUAAGUGAAUACAUUUAUAUUUAGCUUCCUAAGGGAAUACAUUUAUAUUUAGCUUCCUAAGUGAAUACAUUUAUAUUUAGCUUCCUAAGGGAAUACAUUUAUAUUUAGCUUCCUAAGGGAAUACGUUUAUUCACUUUUGCAUCACUGGUUUCAAUCACUGAGAGAAAGCAACAACAACAAAAAAAUGUUGUCUGCCCAUGUUAAAUCAAAUGAUGAGCGUAGACUGUUAAUGAAGUUUACUGUGCGAGAUCACCAUUUGAAUGGCCUGGUAGUUACACAAUGAUCGCCCCAGUAUGAUUUUCAACACUCGAUAUGUUUAUUUAAAAUUGGGAAACCAUGAUUCUGUGUUAUAUAUAUAUAUAUAGCACGUCAAUAUUAUAAGUUGAAAUAUAAUUUUGUAAAUGUAAACCAUUCUUUAAAUAUGGCUCGUGAACUAUGUCAGUGAAACAAUAAUCUUUUAUCCUGCUGGUGCGGGUUUGUAAAAGUCUUCUCAAAUAAAGAGCUCUUCGCCCUUGUGAUGCAUUACAUUAGAACUUUUGUUUCCUCUUUUAGCUUGCGUGCUAAACGUCCUGGUUUCAGUUAAAAGUUUGCGGUCACCACUAAGAGUUACGAGUGGGUUAGAUGUCAACCACGCAUCACUUCAAGCACAAACUGACUUAAACUUGAGCAUACACAUUAAAACAGCAGCUCUUAUAACUACAGAGUGGUGUGUUGUGUAACAUGGUAGCUGACACGGAAAGCCAUGACUGUAGAGAUGAUUUGACACUGGCCCGUAUUAUAUAGCGUCGAAUGGAACUUUGAACAGCUAUAGUUAAAUAUUCGAUGCUAUUGUGUUUGUCAUUAUAAGAUAAAAAUAAUGAAAUUCUAUAUUGGGACUAGUGUUUACUUUGUUUCGUAGAUCGAGUAAUGUUUUGACGGGCUAACUGUGGUGUGAUCAUGGUGCUCGCCACAAAUGUCUAGUGUAUUUAAAACAAUACCAUUCAAUCAUUGAGUCGCUUUUUUUAAUCACUAUUUUCAUUAUAUCGUUUAGGAAAAGAAAAAAAGGAACAACCUUUGCUAAAACAUUGUUUAUCGCAUGUGUGUGCAUGUCCUGCAUUUAUAAUUGUAGAAAAUCCUUCUUAAAUCUUGUGUUAACGAGUCCAAUAAAACACUUGUUGGUUGGUCCUUUUAUUAAUUAUUAAAGUUGACCCAAACAAAAAUAUCUGAAGUUGUACGUUUUUUGACAAAUAUUCAAAUCUUGUUUCAGUCCGGCACUACAAUCGUAAGCAUAUUUUUACCCCCAGUUGUUCUUUCAUACUUCUAUAUUUGUAUACAAAAUUAUGUCAUUAUUUGACAUGUGCAGUAUCGUUUUUGUUAGUUUCUCUGUUUUUUUCCACAGACAAUGACAUGAAAUAAGUUCACAAGACUAAAGCUAAAACGUUAUAAUAGAUAUGAGGUUCUCCACGGCAAUCGCUUGCAUCAGCUCCCUAAUUAUCGGGGUCUAUGGAUUAGGUAAGCACUUCGGGGAAAUAACUAGGCCUACUUACAACUUAGAAAACAAUUUGUGUUAAUACUUUUGUUACUGCGCAUCUUAACUUGAGUUCAACUUGAGUACCUGGGGGGGAGGGGGGGGCGCAGGGGAGAGCACAACAAACAAUGCACUAGAUAAAAUACGGUCGGUUAGAUUCUCGUUCCCUCUUAGACAUUGAUGUUACUGCGCAUCUUAACUUGAGUUCAACUUGAGUACCUGGGGGGGGGGGGCGCAGGGGAGAGCACAACAAACAAUGCACUAGAUAAAAUACGGUCGGUUAGAUUCUCGUUCCCUCUUAGACAUUGUCUCUAAAGGGACUUAGGAGAUUUGAAUAUAUAUCCCUUCCACUGUAUACAAUUUUUAAUGAGGGCUUAAAUAUCAAAUGUAAUUGACAGAUCUAACAUAAGUUACACAUACUAUUGGUGAAGUUUUAAAUGUAAAUUAAUUACAAAACAUUCCUGACUAGGCUAAACUCGCUUGGGUAUAGCUUGCGUUUAAAUUGCAGAAUGAUCUUAUUUUAGUAAAUUUCUUCACUGAAAUGAGAACGAAAGGCUCUGUGACUUACACUAACCCUCUCACUCAAAAAUCGUUGUGCUCCUCGUGACAGCUUUCAGCUCUUUGUGCAUUGUAAACUCAUUUGGAGUUAAGAAAAAUCAAUGUUGAUAUUUGGAGGAGGUCAUAAUAUUUAUUUUUCGUUUCUUUAAUGUGUAUUGUUACGUACUGCUGUCUAUUGUGAGAAAUUAAUCUCUUAUUUUAAGUUUAUGGCUCAUUCUAAAAAGUGCCUAACAAAAGACGAUACGCUAUGAGAAAUGCAGUAGCAAAAUACGACACUCAAAACAGUACUAAUUACAAUAAAUAAGAUUUAUGAAGUUACUAUGGAUUACAAAAUAAAAGAAAUACAAUUAAAAAAUCAUCAACUUACAGUGUAUGGUAAUUCUUGUACCGGUACGCAGUUAGUACAAUGUUAAAAAAAAUAAGGUACAUUGAUGAAUAUAAAUUAACACAUAUAAGUAAACACAAAAUAACACACGUUUGUCUCGUGAAGUCAAAAACCUAUUCCUCUCUCAAUAUUGCUGUCUUUGCUUUUAUAGUCAGUUCUACCAUAAAUUCGAGGCAUAUUCCGGAUUGUACUAUUAACCAGAAUAUUCAAAAAUUGAAUAUAAUUUUCUGAAACCUUCGACUCAACCAAAAUAGCUUAAUUUGUGUUAAACAAGAUCAAAAGGAAUAAGCCACGCCAAAUACUUACGCAGCGUCUGCUAUGGAUCUCAGCACGGGGGAAAUAUGACGUAAACACGUCCUACAUAACAUUAUGUUGUAGGUAAAUAUGAUGGAUUCCUUUGCAGAGGCGUGCCCGAUGAUUUGGAAAGAAUCAGAAUUGAGCCCCCAUCAAGCUUUUUUUUUUAAGACACCCGAUAUUUAUAAUCAACAUUUAGAAGAAAUAAUGUGUUUAAUCAAGAUGUACAUCCGAAAUAGAUACUCGUAGCAAAAAUAUAACAUGUUUGUUACGCACUGGCUUCUAUUGAGCGAAAUUAAUCUCUUGUUUUGAGUUAUGGCUCGUUCACACAGAGCACAACAAAGGACGAUACCAUAGAGAAAUACAAUAAUAAAGAUACGACACGCAAAAACAGUUGCCAGUUACAAUUAAUAAGAUUUAAUUUAGUAAUAAUACAAUUACAACACAAAAGAAAUAUACUUACAAAUCAUCAACUUACAGAGUAUGGGAAAAUCUUGUACCGGUACGCAAAUAGUACAAUGUGCCAAUUAAUAAUGAUGAAUGAUGAAUGCAAAAUAAACACAUGAGCACAUAAAGAAUAAUACAAUUUUCUCGUAAAGUUAAUAAUAUCUAUCUGAAUCUCCGUCUGAAUCUCUCCCUCAAUCUCCGAAAACCUUUAUUUAUAUUGUGGGUCCAACGACGCCUCCAGAAACGACACUACUUUUCUAAUACAAUCGCGAAAAUAAAAUGCAUCCCAAAAUUAUUUUAGAGCAAUGCUAUAUGGACUUUACGAUUACGUGGAUGACUAGCCGCUUCUUCUUGUCGUACAACCAACCCGUAUUACAUGUUACUAAAGUGUAGUAAUUCUAGGACAGCAGAUUAAGUAGAUGUGUCUGCACAAUUGUUAGCCAACUCAAUACAGAUAAUUUUAUUUUUAUCGGACUCGUUGACUUUGCGCAACCACAACCCCCCCCCCCUCCCUGACCGAUUUUCAAAUAGCGCCCACGUCACAGACUUUGGUACGCCCUUCUUUUUUGCUUUGAUCAACAGCAACGGUUCUCAAACUGUGGGUCGCAACCCCUUUGAGGAUCGUGCGACCCUUUUCCAGGGAUCGCCAAAGACCAUCUGAAAACACAUAUACUUACAGCUACGAGGUAGCAACGAAAAUAAGUGUGUGGCUGGGGAUCGCCACGACACCAGAAACUGUAUUAAAGUGUCGCGGCACUAGGAAGGUUGAGAGCCACUGAUCUACAGUAUAUAUGUUAUAUUCUACAACAGUAUUUAUAUAAGAGCACUAUUUGCAUAAAGCAAGGACAGUUUAAUUGCAUCAAGAAAUUGUAUUUAUAUAAGAACUUUGUAUUUAUACAAGGACACGUUUUUAUAUAAGUACACAUUAUUUAUAUGAAGAAACUAUAUAUAUAAAGGACACGCUAUUUAUAUAAGGACACUUAAUUUAUAUGAGAGAACUUUAUCUAUAUAAGGUAUUAUAAGGACACAUUAUUUAUAUAAGGACACGUUAUUUAUAUAAGGACCGUUUAUUUAUCAUUCUCAGAUUGGUUUGGAUCACAAGGGCAGUACAAAUGUCACUGCUCGAGAUCUUUGUGUCUAACCGAUGGUCAGUGCGGUGUGGGGUCACAAUGUGAAGCUGGCUGGUUCGGCCCCGCUUGCCAGUAUCGUAAGUCUAACGUCGACUUUCCCUAUACUCCAAAAAAAAAAAAACUGUUUACAAUUUCCUAAGGCAUAUUUACCUUAUCAGUUUUAUCAAAUAAGAUAUGUUAGAACUGUUUAUAUAAAGAAUCUGAUUUAAUUUUACUAAUAGAAGGAGUUAGUUGCAGAAUUGUUUCAUUAACUUACUAUAAUUAUCUUGUAGAAGAUCUAGUGACUAAAGGUGCGAUGACUCUAACACCAUCAAGAAUAAAUAUGAACAGCGUGAGAGAUCGUGAUGACUUUACGUGUGUAAGAAAUCUCAAAAGCAUACAAAUGGACUGGGAUAUAGAGUAUCCCUUUACGUGGAUGAGAGUAGUCCUAAAUGACACAGGUAAGAUUAUUUAACAAUUGUGCUAAAUUACUUCAUAUUAACUAGGAAUUUAAUGCGUGUCUAUGAAAGGAUGAAAAUUCAUAGCUAAGCAACAUUCUAGUUUGUAGAUGUAUUUUUUCUUUGAUAAAUUUCUAUGUUCAUGUUAAAAAAUAUUUAUGUUCAUUAUAUUUUUGUUUCUAUGCUGUAUUUUUCAUUGUUUCUCAUAUGUGGUUUAAUUAAAAAUUUAAUUUUAAUGAAUAUUUGUGAAAUAAGUAAUUAAUCGAAGUUUAUUUUCAGAUUUCUCGAAAGAACUUUCAGUACACUUUUCAAUUUCAUCAACGCUUGGAAAGAAACUACCAUGUCAAGGGCAACAGAUAUCACGUGUGAACAACAGGACGAAAGAUAUCUACUGCUUCUUGAAUGAGACAGUCAGCCAAGUAUCCCUUGUCUGGACUGAAACAGUUUCAUUGUGUUCCUUUUACGUCAGCGGAGGUAUGAACAAUACUCUGAUAGGAUUAUUUAGUUAUAAUUAGUAUCAAGGGUCGCACUAGCAAUUGUUCUAGAAGUGUAUAAAUGAUGAUAUAGCCUUGAACCCCCCCCCCCCCCCCCCCCAUAACACCUUUUUUUUCUUUUCCCAGGCCUCAGUCAUUAUAUUAAUAAAAAUAACUUAAUUUCUAGUGAAAAUUAUUCUCUAUUGUGUCUUGACAUUUAUUUGAACUUAAAAAUUUUAAAGAACUUUCAAUUUAUUGAAAUUGUGGUCACCUAAAGUUACAGUAGAAGUCGGCAGGUACCUCUGUGCUAUUCAAAACUUCCAACAUACUUUAAUGUACAAUCCGUGAAAGUUGGCAGCCUUAAUUGUUACAUAAAUGUUACAUUUACAAUGAACAGGCUCGAGCAUGUCAGAAUCCAAUCAAAAGAAAAUGUUCCGUGGAAUCGCACACUAACGGUGUUUGAAGAAUCAUGAAGCCAUUUAUUCAAUCUAAUUUUCCAACAGCUGUCUAAUAAAUUUUUUAACAAGUAUCUCAAGGUGUGAAAUUGACACUCAGGACUAAUAAUAAUAAAGCAGUAGGUCAUCGUGAGUUAUUGAUUCCUAUAUAAAGAUGUCACUGACAAGAAACGUCAACCACAGCGUCCACGUUGAAUAUGCUAAUGUGUGGCAAAACCUAUAGAAAUAUACAUUGAAGAAAGCUUGCAAUUGAAAUAAUGAGAAUAACAUCUUUCGGAGAUGAGAGACUUAGUUUAGCAUUCCAGACUUGGUUUAACAUUAAAGACUUAGGUUAACAGGCAAUGCUUAAGUUCAACAUUCACUUACGGCUCAAGAUUGUUGCAAAACUUAACAGCGACGGCGUCUUAUGAAGUGCUUGGUCAAUAACGAACAUGUUUAGAUCAGUAAUGUAAUCAAUAGACAAGGACCAGAUAAAAAAAAAGAUCACCUUACGAAUAGGCAUCGAAAAGUACCGUAAUUACGAUGAUUUAGUUCGAUGGGCGAUGAAAAAAAAAAUAUUGCUUAAUCUUAGACAGUGUAGGUGGGUUUUAUUCAGGAACUCGGGCUCAUGUCUCAAAACCCGGAGGCCUAUGUAAGUGCUCAUGGCAAAAUAUAAUUGGUAGCGUGCACGCUACAUAGUUUAUGAAACAUUUUAUUCAAACCAAAGAAAUGUAUGUAGAAUAAUUUCCAAUAGGAUUUCUGGGUUACUUUUCACACGACACGAUUAAUAGAAUGCAAUAUUUAACUUACUCUAGCGGGACAUCAAAAUCCAUGUAAUAAACGUUUACAAUCAAAAUUUUUUUGCUGCAAUAAUUUCAUUCCAAUUUGUUCCUUAAUUAGUGUUUAAUUAAUGUUAUAAAUCUACAGGCACUUUGAAAGUCCAAAAGGGAGGAGGCUCAAGAAACCACUUUAUAUAAAUACUAGAAUGUUUUAGCCGAAGGUGGAAUUUUUUUUUUUUUAAAAACGUUAUUUUUGCCCAUGACUUGCAAACCAAUAGGAUAGAACAGUGGUCCCCAAAUGGUGGUCCGUGGACACUCAUCGGCCCGCAUGCCUAACGCUGCUGGUCCCCAUAACAUAAAUAUUUAUUGUCUCAUAGAAAUAAAAGUAUUAAAAUAAAUCAUGAACCGGUCCCUGGUAAAAUUUCGAAACUUAUUCACCGGUAAGCCAAACUUAAAUGUUUGGAAACCACUGGGAUAGAAGACAAAUAAGACCAAACGCGGUGAGCAAUAUCGAAUUUUUAGAAAAUAAAAAGAACCAAUCACAUUAGUUGGUGAUUUUCUUCGCAAUAGUAAAGCGUAGUCCAAUCGGGAACAAAUGAAUGUAAGGCUGUGAAGACAUCUCAUGUAGAUACAAUUUUCGACAUUUGGUGAUCAUAGUCGACUGAUUUGUCUUUUUUUCGUACCACAUUUUCAAUUGGUCUUUUAAUGUAAUAAUAAAGAGCCACGGGUAUGGUGUAGGACUGUCUGUGGGACUAUUGUUUCAAGGACGGCAGGUAGUGUGUACAACUGUCUGUAGGACAGUUGUUUAAAGGACGGCAGGUAGUGUGUACAUCUGUCUGUAGGACUAUUGUUUUAAGGACGGCAGGUAGGGAGUAGGACUGUCUGUUGGACUAUUGUUAAAAAGCAGGCAGCCUGGGUAUGGGAUAUUCUGAACAAUUAUUUCUUAAUUGAUAUGUAGCCGGUGUUAAAAAAAAAAAAUGCUAUCUGGCUCAAUUCCUAGCAUGAAAAAGUCUUUGGGAAAUAUUUCAAAGAAUGCUAAUUUAAUUUAUGUGCGUAUUAGACAUUAGAUAUUAAUUAAUCAUUUCAAUCAAGAUGAUUAAUAGAAUUAAUUGUUUUAAAAACAUACCCCAUCCCCUCAACACAGGGCGCAACGUGGCGUUGAAACAACCAGCUCGACAGUCCAGUAAUUAUUAUUCUAAUUGGGCGUUUGCAAGUGCAGCAGUUGACGGAGACACAAGCAGUGACUUUGGUAGGGGAAGUUGUACCCACACAAAGGGAGAUGAAUCUGAUCCGAAUUGGGAAGUCUUUUUUUCAAAUACAGUUUCUGUCAACCGAUUUCUCCUUUACAACAGAGCGUCUCGAUUUGGAACAUGUAAGUCUAAAUGGUAAAAAAAAAUGCAUUUAUUUUAAGUGAUUGUUGUGAGCUUAUCGCGAAGGAAAGAAAUUGUUUACGUGGGCUACUUCCCCUGAAAUAGUAAUCACCUAUAUAUUUUGAAAAUUCUUGAUAUCUCGUCAAUAUGAAAACUGUUUUCAUAAAUUGACUAUUUCACCAAAUUACAAAUAAUUACGAGGGUAGGAUUUGGGGGUGGGGUGGGGGAAGAUAGUUGAGGGCAAAAAAUGUUGUUUUACUUUAAUAAACAUCUUUUUAACGACAAAAUAUGUGGAAAUGUGCGAAAAUUUUCAAAGAAGUUCCUAAAGAAAAUAUGUUAAUUAGAUAACGUCCAAUGUUAAUCCAUUCACCGACAUGACGUGGUGAGUUAACGCUAGUAGAUUGAUCCAUUCAGCGGUGAGUUAACGCUAGUAGAUUGAUCCAUUCAUCGGUGAGUUAACGCUAGUAGAUUCAUCCAUCCAUCGGUGAGUUAACGCUAGUAGAUUGAUCCAUUCAUCGGUGAGUUAACGCUAGUAGAUUCAUCCAUCCAUCGGUGAGUUAACGCUAGUAGAUUCAUCCAUUCAUCGGUGAGUUAACGCUAGUAGAUUGAUCCGUUCAUCGGUGAGUUAACGCUAGUAGAUUCAUCCAUUCAUCGGUGAGUUAAAGCUAGUAGAUUGAUCCAUUCAUCGGUGAGUUAACGCUAGUAGAUUCAUCCAUUCAUCGGUGAGUUAACGCUAGUAGAUUCAUCCAUUCAUCGGUGAGUUAACGCUAGUAGAUUGAUCCAUUCAUCGGUGAGUUAACGCUAGUAGAUUGAUCCAUUCAUCGGUGAGUUAACGCUAGUAGAUUGAUCCAUUCAUCGGUGAGUUAACGCUAGUAGAUUCAUCCAUCCAUCGGUGAGUUAACGCUAGUAGAUUCAUCCAUUCAUCGGUGAGUUAACGCUAGUAGAUUCAUCCAUCCAUCGGUGAGUUAACGCUAGUAGAUUCAUCCAUUCAUUGGUGAGUUAACGCUAGUAGAUUGAUCCAUUCAUCGGUGAGUUAACGCUAGUAGAUCCAAAGAUGACAAUCGCAGACACGACAUUUGGUGCCUUAUAUGCGGAGCCGUAUUUAGGGUUGUCGUCACCCGCUGCGGCAAACUCAUGAUUUCAUCCGCUUCACCCCCACGCCCCCACUCCCACACACACAUUUUUACGAAUCAACCCCUCCCUCCCCACCCGUCAACCAUGGACAUGAACCUUGUAAUUUUGAAAACAUCCGUACAUAAUCGCUUAAAGCAUUGGUCGGCGAACUGGGGUAAAUUACCCCACAUGUGGUAGCAACGCACAUCUUACGGGUAAUGAAGUUCAAUAGAUAUUAUUUUUAAAAAAAUAAUUUAAUGAGUGUCAUUCACUAAAUAUAUUUUUCUGGCAAUAUCGCAUCUAACCUAUGAAAAGGCCAAAGGACUCAAUAAUUUGUAGUUACAAGUGGCUCAACAGCUAGCACUCACGCAUCGUCUCGUCUGCAUCAUUUUUGAUUUAUUGCCCCCUGUUUUAUCUUAUGCAUGGUGCGACAAAAUCAUGGUUUUCCCCCAUCCAGAUUUCCCCAUAGACCUACAUCGUGUUAGCCUGGUAAGGAGACACUCUGCUGUUUUGGGGAACCCGUACUCUGGAUGUACCCUACUGUGGUGACAAGGUUGCACCAUGCACUUGAAUUAAAAGUCAGAUGGAUUAUGAAACAGACCUGAUCGAGCUUUGUAUGAUUUAUGAACUCUCAUUUGGUGUCAUCCCCCUGUGAGUGUGUCAUCCAGCAGUGAGGGUGUCAUUCUUAUCUGAAGGUGACUACCCCAUGUGAGGAUGUCCCGGGUUCGGACCACACCACUGCACUCCUAGGGACGCUACUGCUUAUCAUUAAAGCCCCAAGAGACGCUGCGGUUUUCAAAAUUGCUUACAACAUACAUUUACUAACUAGAAUUUUCACUCAAAACGAACAUUGAAAGACCCAUAAAAAUCCUGUACAUAAAACCAAAGAUAAUGUCUGAAAUUCUCUUAUUUAAAAAAUCAAAAACUUUCCAUGUCCUUGAAUAAAAACGAACAUCAUUUCGUCAAAAUUUGAAGAGAGUAUUUUUUUUUUCUUAGAAAAUCCUUUUCUUCCAUAAAGAGAGUUUUAUGAAUUUAUUUUAUAGAAUUCGUUUUGAAAUUUUAUGUUUCCAUUGAAAUUAGGACCGUUAGCUAUAAAAGUUAUUUUGUUCCCCAGUCUGCAAGAUUUUAUCAGCGUGCCCCCCCUCCUUUUCAAAGCGGUUACCGUAUAUAAAUGAUCCCUAAUUAUGUCAUCAUUGUCACUGCGAUCUAUAGGUUUUUUACUUAUGUACUAAAAAGGCGGACUUUAGAAUAAUUUUUUUGUAAAUAUCGAAUUUUGUCCCAAUCCCGUUUCAGUUAAUAAUAUUCUUGAAACCAGAUUUCCUGCCAUUGUACGCUCGCAAAGCAGGUUGGUUGACAGGCAUUUUGACCAGGUGUCCAACCAGAUUAAUUUCUGUUAAAGCUAAAUUCUGGCCAACCAUUUUUUUUUCCGGAUGUCAGUGAUUAAAAUUUAGGUAUAAACUUAUUUUGUCUGGUAUUUAAGAAGCUUACACUAAAUGUAAAACCAGCAAAUAAUUAGUUUUAAAAAGUGUAAUCUUAUACGAACGUAAUUGUUCUGUGUGUAACAAAUAAUGCCUUUAGACGUUGAUAUUCUCAUAAAAAUCACCAAACCAUAUUUUGUCGAAAUGCUGUUUGGCUAAAUCAAAAACUUUUGAUCCGCCCUUCAGAACACACAUAUUAUUUAUAGGGGGCAAUAAAACAUUCAAAAAGAGAACCCUUUGGUCGGUAACCCCUAUGUCCUGAACAAUGUAAUACUUGUAAUAAUGUGCACACCCAACCACUAGCCAAACACAAGACAACAAACUUUAGAUUUUAAACGUUUAUUAUUAAAAGGAUAUUGUUGCCUUACAAAGCAAAUCUGUGCACGAGUUUGUAUUCGGAAAAAAAAAUAACGUUUAAAAUCAAAAGUGAUAAUAGCUAACAUGUAAAUCUAGGGUGCCUGUCCAAAACAAUUCUCAAAAUUACCGAUUAAAUUUUUUUAAAUGUCCUUUAAAAAACCAGUUCAUAAUAAUUCUUGUUUUAUUCUGGUCCAAGCGACUUUCAGUUAAUAUUCAGGCUGGAUUUAAGGACCGGUUCAAUUUUUAAAUUAUGUUUUAUUAUCAAACAACAGGUACUCAACUGUACCAAAGCUGUGGCCUUUAACCAAUUAAAAUGACUUAUGAUCCUCUCCUCAUUCAGAAGAGACCAUUUUAGUUUUCCCUGAGAUAAGUGAUCAAAAUAAAGUAUUCAGAUAAAAAUUCAGACUAAUUUUUUAAAUAUAUCCCAUUCAAAUGGGAAGGAAUUUGCAAAGAAGUUGCUCUUUAAACGUUUACUGUUGGAGUACCCGGUGCAAAAUGAAAUAAAUCUUGCAUAUUUUACAACAGUGAGUAUUUAGGAUGGAUAAAAAACAAUAACUCUGUUUUUAAAAUUGUCCCUUUCAAAAAACAAAAAAACAAAUAUAUAUAUAUAUAUAAAUAUAUAUGUGUGUUUGUGUGUGUGUGUGUGUGUGUGUGCGUUUGUAUGCAUGUCCCGUAUGCACUCCAAUUUAUCCAAUUGCGAUCAAACUUUGGAGAGUUGUUAUCCGCAAGUCAGAGCAUCUUUGUCUGUCAUUACAGCCCUUUUAAAGUAUUCCGCGUUGGACAGGGAGCCCUGAAUGCUUUUGUUUUUCUAUUGUGUAAAUAUAAUUUCUAUAUGCGCUCCUACGCCAUUCAUUUGAUUGCUAUCAAACGUUGGAGAGUUGUUGUGCGCACGCUCGCAAAGGUUUCUGAAUUAUUUCAACCAUGUUAAACGUUUUCGUUUUGAGCCAGGGACCCUGAAUUCGUUUUUUCCCCCCUUAUAUGAGCAAUAUAAAUAUAAUUAAACAGAGCUAAUACAUUGGUGGAUGGAAUUUUAAUCAAAUACAAAUAGGUACAUUUCAGUUUGUAUUUGACAUAAUAAGUUGGCUGCUAAAAUUGUACAACUGUUCACUAUUCUACAGUAUUCCCUUUGUGACAUGGGACCCUGCAUUCAUUUUAUGUUCUUAUAUUAGCUAUAUAAGUAUAGUUUCCGUUGGCAUUCAUGUACUAUUCAUCUGACUGCGAUAAAACUUUGGAAGAAAACAAAGAGAAUGUGCUGCGCGGGUGGGAAAAAAUUAAUCAGAUGGACAACCCCUUUUGUAAAUUAAAUUGUCGAUUUUUCUUUUAAGAUUUUUUUUUUAGUUAAAAGAGUUUCCUGUGCAAAAUAAAUUAAAACAUGUUUCUUGUUUAGUUAAAAAGUAUGGAAACUUAAAUGUCAUUUUCAUAAAUGCUUUAGAAAAUAACAAUUCUAACUUUACGCAUGUCGUUAAAAUGUUUCUUACAACACAAGUGUUCCUAAAUCACUUCAAGGCUUCAAAUACUCAAAUUUAGUUUGUGUAUUGCUCAGUAUUUAAAUAACUUCAGAUAAACUAUUUUAUAAUGUAUUCCAAUUUUAUAAAUUACUUUGAGUAACCUAAUUAAGAUUGCUUAAACAACAUUGCUACAAAAUCUGUAAGAAUAAUAUAUAUUUUACAGUGACUUCCGAUUCCGAUCGGCUUCAAAAUUUUGUACUGCGAUGCUUCACUGUUGACAACAAGCAAGUUUGUGCAUCACCACAAGAGCCUGAGACCAAGCUAAUAUAUACCAUUGUUCAGCUGGUGAAAGAGCCUGUAUCCUCAGUAAGGAUCAUUGCUAAGCAUGAAGAUAAGAUUUUGACUCUGUGUGAAGUCGAAAUAUUUGGGGGUAAGUUUCUCUAUUGUAAUGAAUCUAGAAUGAUAAGAUUAAAAGAUAACGAUUUCUCUAGUGCUGAUGCUGCAAUGUUUGUUAUUUGAGAUAUGUUCUAUUUUUAACGUGCUCUGUGUGAUAUUUACAAAGCAAUGUCCACAUUUUUAAAAGAUAUUCAUUUUUUUAAAUAUUCAAAUUUAUAAAUAAAAUCGAUUGAUGAAAACAAAACUACACGCUAGUUUUUUUGUGUGGUUUGAUUGUGAGUCAAGGUGUUGUAUUACAAUUUCUUCAAAAUCACUUUGAUUCUUAGCAAAUUGUGCAACUUGACUUGAAGUCUUAUACUUAUUGUCACCAAAAAAGUUGAUUAAAUAAAACUGUUUUGCUAGCAUUUGCUAGGACACCAGCCUAAACCAUGAACGGCUUGUGGUGAGUAAAUUUAUUUUUAAAAAAACGUUGAAAAUAAAUAAGGCCUGAAAAUGGCACCCCUUUGGUUCAUUAAAAAAAAGAGAUAAUUUUGAUAUAAGCAGUGGCGUAGCUAGAAAUUGUGACAUCGGGGCCAACAUUGAGUACGGUAUGUAUUUUUGAACUGAAACAAAAUAAAAUGGAUCCGUAGAGUUUAGCCAUUUUUUAAAAAGAUUUCCCAUCUCAAAUAAUAAUAAGUAUAUUUUUUGUGGAACUUAAAAAUUUCCUAUUAAUCCAUUAACUACCUUUAUUUUCUUUGCUUUGGCCCCUCACGUUUAUAUUAAAUAUGUGCUGCCCAGGGCGGAACCCCUUUCCUAUCCCUCCGCACUCCUACACUAGUAAAAAGUGGCUUUCAUGUAUGCACUAUCAAAGCAAUCCAUGGAAAACUACAGAGAAACAAAAUGUAUAUAUUUUCAGAAAAUGAUAAAUUUUGACACCUUGUGAAAAGUCCGAAAAAUAGACAUCAGCAGGGCGUUUAAUGAUUUCAAGUUUGAGCAAGCGUUUUACAUAAACGUUAUGAUAUAGUUGCCUUGGAUUAAAAACAAAACAAAGAAACUUUGUUUUAAAACCACAAUUUCAUAGCAAUAGAUCCAAAGUUGGAAGAUUCCCCCCCCCCCCUCAAAAAAAAUAAAUAAAAAAAUUGCCAGAACAAUUGGUGUUUAUCUUACAGCAGUUGUCCUGAUGGCCAUUGUUGUAUUCGCACUUCCACAAAUUGUUUGGGAAUUACAGCAGGGCGUUUAAUGAUUUCAAGUUUGAGCAAGCGUUUUACAUAAACGUUAUGAUAUAGUUGCCUUGGAUUAAAAACAAAACAAAGAAACUUUGUUUUAAAACCACAAUUUCAUAGCAAAAGAUCCAAAGUUGGAAGAUUCCCCCCCCCCCCUCAAAAAAAAUAAAUAAAAAAAUUGCCAGUAAAAUUGGUGUUUAUCUUUCAGCAGUUGUCCUGAUGGCCAUUGUUGUAUUCGCACUUCCACAAAUUGUUUGGGAAUUCUUGAUUGUGACAAUGCGAUAUAAAACUGUCUAUGUGAGAAACGCUAUAGUUUUGAGAACAAUUUCGACAUGAUCGAAUGUUUUUACUUGAGAUUUUUUUUUUAGUUGUUACAUAAGCCGGAAUGAUGGGGGAAUAUCCGACGUCACAGUAGUCAACUGACGCAGAAUGAAGGGCAGAUUGGUGUCACUUGGCACAAAGUCAGUUCGUUGGAUGAAAACUGUGUCACCCCGAUAGAUUUCUGAGAUGAUUUCUACAGUGAUGGUGUUGCGCUGAAGGCCUCUAGCCUUCAUUUAUUGUACAAUCCAUUCGUUGCAUCAGAUUUAUCAGCAGCAACAUGAUGGCACCAUUCUUCAUCAUCACAAUUUUUUAAGAGACAUACCCGAAGGAGUUUGAUCAUUGAGGAAUUCGACUGGAUGUUUGCUGCAUCAUUCGGUUCUUCUGUAACAAACGAAGCUGAGCUGAUAUAAAUCUAGGAUCCCCCCUCCCCCCCCCACCCCAAAAAAAAAAAAAAAAAAAAAAACAAUAGUAGAAUGAUCGUGCAGUUCAUUCAGAUUUUUUGUUUAUUGGUAGGAGCAACAAUUGCUUAUUGUGAUGACUCCUUGACAAACAUCUGGAGAAUAUCCAAUCCAAAUAUGAAUCUGAUGAGAUUCUCAGUUGCGAUAAUUUGUUGAGGAAUCACAAUUCCUGAAUAUUCCUGAAACUAGUUCGAUUUUUCCAGUUCAGACCCGACGAAGCCAAUAUUUGUCUUAGUCAUUACCUUUAAUGUGCAUGUUUGUCAUCUUUCUGUACGGUACGAAGCUGCGCCCCAAAGUAGAUCAAUUAGACAACAUCAAUUUAUGUCAAUAUAACAAUAUGAGGUAAGCUUUAAUGAUAAUUAUACAGAAUACAAAAGUAUAAUACAAAAGUAUACGUUUUGCCACAUGCCUUCAUCAGUACAACAAAAAGACAAAUAGGUAUAAAUUAAAUUUACAUAAUAUAUAUAUACAGAUAUCCUUCAUAAAAAAGGGGGGGGCGGGGAGAACAAUUUGGAGUGGGCGAAAAAAAACAAAAGACACAGGGAAAGUCACUUGACACAGCAUUCGAUGAUGUCAGCCCGUCUGACUCUUAUCGUCAGUGACGGAGUCUGUCGAAAGUAUCUUUCAACAACAAAAUUUUUUAGGCCAAAGGGGCUUCUCAUUGCUUGUGUACCGGUACUUUGAGAAUGUAUGGGUCUCGCCAUGAACCAUCGAUUAUCUUCGCGCCCACUGAUGCGAAUGUCACAGACCUAUUUUAAGAUCAUGUCCUCUCUUGGAAAUGUGCACCGCUCGAAACACUUGUGUCGGACAAGAGUGUGUGGAGCUCGACUCCGUUUUCAACCGUGGGCUUGGGCGGCUUGACAUUUCCUUAGCAGUAAAUCCUUUUUUGGUAAUCUCAUUUAGAGCAGUUAUCGGGAAUUUGAUUCGUGAAAUAAGUGUCAUAUUUACUUCAUCCUUCCCUUGAAAAACAGGGAAAACUGAUGUUCGGUGGCUUGGGUUGGGAGGUGGGGCUGAAAAUUUGAUAGAAUGUGUUAUCACUGGCAACGAGUCUAUGUGGUAAGUUUAAGCUCGUUACAUGGGCGCCUGCAGAAACUUUCUAGGGGGCGGGGGGGCAAAAAAGUCGAUUAUCUUUCCAGGGGGGGGNCAACAAUUUUUUAGUAAUGUUUUAAUAUAGUUUUAAUUUACUGUAGCAUAUUUGUAUGGUGAACGGACAGGACAUCAGCUUAAUUACUUUCUCUUUAUUUUCUCUUUACUUUAAUAAUUUUUUUGUCUAUUUUUGUCUAAAAUUUUUUUAUCCAAUCAAUCCAGGUGGGGGGGGGGGCAAGUGCCCCCCUUGCCCCUACCUGCUGGCGCCCAUGGCUCGGUAUUUUGACAGCAAAAAGGUCAACAACCGUCAGAGGUUUUUGCCAGCCAGAAACAUACGCGCAAAAGUUACGUUAAUAUAAUGGAUUUACAAAAUCGUAUCUAUUACCUAUAAUCAAUGAUAGCUUACCACAACAAUGUUAUAUUUUGAUGAAAUAUGGUAUGAUGUGGAAUACUUCACAGAUGUGGUCUGCAAAUCUAACUUUUAUGGCCUUGAGUGCAAUUCAAGCUGUAACUGCAAAGAUAAGUCCGAGUCUUGUUUUGUGGCGACUGGUGGAUGUCCAUCUGGCUGUGCACCUGGUUAUUACGAGGAAGGUUGUAAAACUGGUGAGUUUCUCUGACGAUGAAAUGUGGGGGGUUCAGGGAUAUUUGAUGUUAACAAGUGUAAAUAGCAUAAUAUCUGUAAACAACCUACAUCUUGGCAUGUGGGGAAAGUUCAAUUUUUCAUCUUGGGACUUCAUCAAAUUCAUAUAGAUGCUUUACACAUAGACACUGUCAGACAGUGGCGUUAUUCUGUCAGACAGUGGCGUUGACAGUAACGUCAUUUAGGUUGGGGUCACGAAACAAACUGUUGUCUAAAUGGUGAGAAUGUUGUCUAAAUGCUAAGGAUGUUAUCUAAAUGCUGAGAAUGUUGUCAAAAUGCUGAGAAUGUUUUCUAAAUGCUAAGGAUGUUAUCUAAAUGCUAAGAAUGGUGUCUAAUAAAUGAUGAGAAUGUGGAAGAUAAGUUGUUUAGAAUGCUCAGUUUGCAUUGCAACUGGAUGGGCUGACUUUGCACUUAGCAGCUAUUUUAUUUUCAUUUUUGUAAGUUUGUAGCAGUUAAAAUUUGACUGAAUAUUUGGUUAGCAGCUUUUCAAUGACUAAGAAAUUCUUAAACAAUGAUAACUGAUGGUAUACCGUCAACGACUGGUUGCAAUUUUGCUUAUUUGUACACUUACUUGUUUAUAUCUUUUAUAUAUAUUGUCGUGCGAAAUAGUAUUCUGGAAAUCCUUAUAAUAGGGUAAGACCAAUGACCACGAUGUGCUAAUGUUGUGUUUACUGCUCCAAAGGGCUCGUGGCAAUGUUCCCUCUAAGUUUUGCUGGUUCGUGUGCAAAAUAAUACAGUUGUGUGCAAAGUUUUAACAGCAUCAAUUUUUUGUGUGCAAAUUUUUAUAGCCCACAAAUACACACACGUAAAUUUGCUGCGCGAAUACUCAAAACUGCUGCGCAGCUUCUGUGAGAUAGCUGCGUGGCCGCGCAACCACGCAGCUUAGAGGGAACAUCGGCUGGUGGUCGGAGAAAAAUUCGAGAACCAAUUGCAUUGCGAUAAAAACUUGUCUAAAAAUAAUGUAUAGGCUAAUUUAAUUUCAUGACUAAUGCUCUGGUACUUUUUACAAAAUUAUUUACAGCGUGUCCCCCUGGAUCAUGGGGUUCAGACUGCCUUCUAUUUUGCAAUGUAAACUGUGUUGACCAUUCUUGUAACAAGGAAAAUGGCGAAUGUGACAAAGGAUGUGAUGGUUAUUCGGAUCCUCCACACUGUCAAACAGGUAGGCCCUACUGAUACUGUGUGGGUUGUUUAAAUGUUAAAAAAUGAAACGCAUAUUUUAAUAUAUUGAAUUUUGUUAUUAGAUGAUGUUUAUCCUAAGUGUGCAUAGUUGCUUGCAUAAUUGAAUUUCCUGACUAUACACAUUACUAUGUCAAAUUAUUAUUUUAGAUUAAUCUCUUUAAAAUUGAGAAAUGGGUCUACUUUACUAGACUUUAGAUGAAUGAGACAUAAACAAUUUGUGUGUAAAUAAAACAGUAUGUGAAUGUUUUAAAUAUGAUAGACAGUAGACAAAAUACAAAUUUAAACAUGCUAUCUUCAGUACAACAGAAUGACAAAUUUAAGGUAAAUUAAAUAUUACCUAAUAUAUUUACUUACAAUCAACUACUAUUUAAAAAUGAAAGAACAGAAAAAGAAUGUGAACAAGUCCCUCACAUAAACGAAAACAAAAUGAAAAUGAUCCGAAAAUUUAGUGUUUUCAUUAAUUGCUAGAAUAUUUAUUCCUACGGUAAUUUAAAAUUUUCUUAUUUUCAGCAUGUGAUGUAACUAGCUAUGGUGUCAAUUGUCUAAAUACCUGUCCAGUAAACUGCAACUCUGACGGGUGUAACCGUAAAAAUGGAGCCUGUUUUGGAUGUAGACCAGGCUAUCAAGGAACAGAGUGUGAUCAAGGUGGAACAAUUUCAAAUGUUAUUUAGGAAAAUAAAUAUUAUGAUUAAUAAUAUUAAUAUGUGGAAAAAUUGUAAAUCUUAUUGCAAUAUUACAACAACAAAAUACAAAACAAAAACACAAUGUAAACACACCUCUUCAAGUUCUAUUUUACAACAUAAAUUUUAUGGGUCUGUUUUUUUCCUAUUUUCUUUAGGAGUGCUGCUAUGUCACCGUGACACAAAGGGGCUUAACCCAUUACGUAACACUUCCUUAGUGAUGCUUGAUUCAAAAGUUUCUAAAUUUCUACCAACAUGUCAAUGAGAGAAGAUAUAUUUUUCUCUACUAAUUUCUGCUGUUAAACUUUUAUAAUUAGGCCCUACAUUGUUAAUAUGAACUCAUAAAUUAUACAACGUAUUUAUGUAUGAACAAUAACCUCUAACAUUUUCAAAUUAACCUUACUCAAAUUCUAUUCUCAUUCCAAAAAAAUAGAAAAGAAAAUUAACUGAAAUUAACUAAAGUAUAUUAAGAUUCUACAUGGUUUCUGAAAAGUUUAAAGCGCAUUACUAGACACUAGUGUAUGCAGUGUGGGGAUGGAGGCCCAGCACUAACUCUAACAAUGCCACUUUACUUAACUACACUUUUUCAGUUUUUGUUAUAUAUAUAGCUGUUGCAUUCCAUUGGUUAAGUACAUUUUUAAAGAGCCAUGUGCUGAAUGACAUUUUUUUAAAAUUUAUAUUAUAUAACUAACUGCUAAAUGACUUGUUUUAGUUCAUAUUAUAUAUAGCUGUUGAAUUUCAUUUGUUAAGUAUAUGUUAUAAAGCCAUAUGCUGAAUGAGAAUGUUUUUAAUUUACAUUAUAAAGCUACCAUCUAAAUUAGAUUCUUUAAGUACUUUUAUUAUUUUAUAGUUUGUGAGUUUGGGAAAUAUGGACAAAAAUGUACCCUGAAAUGCAGCAACGCUUGUUUGAAAAAUGGUACAAGCACUUGGUGUGGUAAUGUAGAUGGCAGGUGUCUUCAUGGAUGCAAUGAAAGCUAUACUUUUCAGGACCAUGAUGAGUGUUCCUUUUAUAGUUAGUAUUUACAUUUUACAUUUAAGCAUUUGUUAUAUUUGCCAAAACUGGUUAUAUUUCCUUGCAUUUAUUAUUAUGCCUAUAAAUAUUCAGAAUUUUAAAAAAAUGAAUCAUUGUCAUUACAACAAAAAUCAGCAAAACACUUGGUUACAUUGAAUUGGUUAAAUGUUAUUUAGAACAUGCAGAUUGUCAGCCAAGUCUUAUUAAACAUUAAACAUUAACAAGUCUGAAAAGUAUAACAAAGAAAUGUAUAAAUAAACUUUUUAUCAACAAUCAACAAGAUAUUAUAUUUAAAAAUUAUUUUUUGAUAAAUGGGCUAAAAAUAUUUUUUUUGAGUCCAUACUAUUGAAUGUAUAUAACCAGACGUUAUUUAUUUAAUCAAGGUAGCCAAGAUGGAUCUCCAGUUCCAUUAGCUGCUGUUGUAGCACCAGUUGUCCUGAUUGUCCUAGUUCUCUUAAUUCUAGUGGUUGCUAUUGUUUUGAUCAGGUUAGUGACAUAUGAUGUAAAGAUUUUGAUUCUUUAAUUCCUAUGGCAGAUUGGAUGACAGUGUGGUCAUUGGAUGUCUGCGUCAUCAAUACCAGAUCAUGACAAACAAAACUGAUAGUCUCAAGCUCAAAUUUCAUUAAUACCCAGACAAGCAAUUCCCAGACAAGCAAGUCCCAGACAAGCAAUAACCACACAAGCAAUACCCACAGAUACAAUACCCAGACAAGCAAUUCCCAGAAUAAAGCUAUUCCCAGACAAGCAAUACCCAGACAAACAAUUCCCAGACAAGCAAUACCUACACAAGCAAUACCUACAGAUACAAUACCCAGACAAGCUAUUCCCAGACAAGCAAUACCCACACAAGCAAUACCCACACAAGCAAUAUCCACAUAUACAAUACCCAGACACGCAAAACAACUGAUAGCUUUGCAGUUCAGAGGGUUAACCUCAACAUAAAAAUCUGGAGAUUUUCCUUUGGGCUCACCAGUUCCAUGGAUAGGGGAAUCCUACUCAUGAGGAAUCAGCUAAUUCUCACUAACAAAAUCUGAGGGCUUGUGAUUUCUUAACUUCCACUGAAAAACCCCACCGAACGACACCAUCCCCUGACACCAUCAUCUCAUCAAGAAUGGUUUAUAUAGGAUAUAUCAGAAUCCUAAUUUAAGGAAAGAAAAUCAGGCAUCAGACAGAGAGUGUCUGCUUUGCAAAUGAAAAUAAUUAACUGCUCCAGUUUGGUACAUCUUCAACAGGGGGGCCAAUGUCUUCAUUAUUUUUUAUACUUUUUCUAAUGUGUAGCCUUGUCAUUGACUAGAUUAGCUAAGAAAAGAAGUUAAAGCAACUUAACUUGUGAAUUGAAUCAUUUUUGGGUUAGGCAUUCCUGUUUUCAGCUGUAGAAUUAACCAACUUCUGUCUGGUUAGCUGUAGUAUCAAGCCAUCCUCUGUAUGGGUAGAGAUGAAGUAUCAAUCAUCUUCUUUCUGGGCAGAUUUGCUUUCAAGAACAUUCGGGCAUAUUUAUACACUGAUAAAAACAUCAAAAUCACUUUAUCAAUUUUCAUAUGAGUCACAUCAAUCAAUGAGUAAUACUAUUUUUCUGUUUGAAAAUUUAUAAUAAAUGUUUUUUUUAAAUUCAAAAUAAUAGUUCCAUUUUACUUUCUUUUCUUUUUUUAAAACUUUUUAAUUUAUUUUUCUAACCUGUGUCAUAAAAGACGGAAGCGCCAAGAAGUGGAGAGUAAAGCACAAGUUGUUAAACAUAUUGAAAAGAAUGAUUUUCCUUUGCAGAAGGAAAGCAUUAGGGAAACAUCAAUAGGUCAGUCAAGUUUCAUAAUCAUUUGUAUUUUAUUACUUUCUUAUCAACAUUUCAUCUAAUUUUAAUUUGGAAAUAAAAAUAUUAUAUUAUAAUAAUUUUGAAUAUAAGAUAUGAAAUAAUCAUAGUUAGCUAUUUUUUUAAAGCAGAUUGAAUUUUAACACCAAUGAAAUUACAUUUAUUGUGUGGACAGUGAAAUGUUUUAGAGCUUAGAUUUUUAAACAGUAAUUUUACUUACUAUACAUUUUUGGCUGUAUUAAUAUUUCAUAACAAUUUCAUUUAAAGGUAUAAGUGGUUAAGUAAUUCUUUAGAUGUGUCUGGUUUCUCUUGAUAUGUACAGUUUUUGUAGAGAGAGAGAGAUAGACUGACUUCUUAGCACUUGACUCUUAAUUAUUUGCAUUUAUAAUUAUAAUUAUAUAAUAGAUAAUGUCAUGGUAAUGGAAAGAAAAUUAUUAUUUGCAAUUUGUUAAAUUAGCUUAAUCUAUGUAUUUUCAACAGUUAAUUCAUUUUAAGUGUAACCUAUACGAAAAAAGCUAAAGAAAAAAUUUAAAGAAGAAUUUAGGGAAAGUUGCAUUAUUCAACAGUCGAAUUCAACUUUCAAACAUGUUCCGGGAUUUUUAUAAAAAUUCAAGUUAUUUAUGAUGGUUAAUUAAUGCACACAAAAAAACCAUUCAAUUCAUGUUUCUCUGGUGCACAAAAACUAGUUUACUGAUCAAAAUACUGGUAACUUAUUUAUUUCCCUUAAUGCAUAUAACCACAAGCAUGUUAGAUAAAUAAAAUUCCUUUGAAUGGAACUGUCCAGUACUGGUGUCACAUCAUUUAGCCUACAUGUCAAGAUAUUAUGUUAAUGGCAAUAAAUAUUUAACCUAUAAAAUUGAAUGAGUUCCACCAUUAAUUAAAUUCAGAAUUAUUAGCUCUUGGAAAUAUAUAAUGUACAUUAUCUGAGCAUUUGGUAUUAUAUGCAUAGAACUAUAAAGAUAAAAAUAUUAUAGAUAAUAAUUUAUAAAUAAGUGAUCUCAUAGCUUGACAUGACAAUUUACAUUUUUAGAAAUGGAUGAAGUUCUUACAAUAGAAAAUGCAUCAAAAGAGGAGACAGAAUACUUCAACAGUACUCCAGAACAACAAAAGACAUCCAUAGCAGUUACUGAGUUAAAUGACUUCUUGUUGCAUCAUCAGAAAGAAUUCUUUAUCCAACAAUUUCAAGUAAAUUUAUAUUUAAUAUGAUUUGGUACUCUAACAAACAAAGAUGGGUAAAUGAUGACUAUGAAAUUCAAAAACCAAACUUUUUAGAAAUUUAGAAAUUUAAAAAAUAUUUCUGGAUAUUCUAAUUUAAAUUAACUUUUUAAUCAAAUAUUUUUCCAGAGUAUUCCUGCUCCUAAAAAUGUCACAAUGGAAGUUGGAACAAGUGAAUUAAACAUGAGCAAAAAUCGUUUUAAGAAUAUUAUCACAUGUACGUACUAUGUCACAAUACUCAUUGUGAUCUUAAGUCUGAGAGAUUAUUAUUUUAUUUUUUUUUUAAACUUACUGUAAAUUGUGAAAUUAUAAUUUCUUAGUUCAUUAAAAUAAAACUUUGUAUAUGUAUUUUUUAAAAUAUAUAGUUGAUGACAUUAUAAAUAGUUUUAUCUUAAAAAUCUUUAUCUGUAGAUGAUCAUUCUCGUGUCCACUUGAAGAUCAAUACUGACAAACAUGAAGGUGACUACAUCAAUGCAUCAUAUGUGGAGGUCAGAUUUAAAAAACCAAUUGUUGAUCUUUUAAAUGGGAAAAAAAGUUACAAUAUGUCCAACAGAAGCAAGUGAUCAAUAUAUAUAUAUAUAUAUAUAAUAUAUAUAUAUAUAGGCCUACAUAUAUAUAUAUUUAUAUAUCAUUAGAGUUUUUGUCAUGUGGUAUACUUUGUGUGUUUAGUGAUAGAAGACAUAGCUUAACUGAAAAUUAUAAUUUUUUUUAUCAUUUUAGCAGUAAACAAGUUUAUUUUGUGUAGUUUACUUAUUUUUUUCAUUCUCAAAAAGGGAUACAAAAAUGAAGAAAAAUACAUAGCGUCGCAAGGUAGGGAUAUUUUUUGUGUGCUGCAAAACAGUUAAAAUUAUUUCUUUUUCACUGACUAUUCACUUUAUACCUCAUAUAUUUUGGAAUUAACUUUCUUCUCUUUUUCAAAUCAAUAUAACAUUUAUGAAAUUUGAAAUAAAAAAUUGUAUUACCACUGAUAUACGGAGUAGCCCAAAAAAUGUGAUAACAUCACUGUCAUAAGCAUAAAAAAGGUGCUAGUGCCUACAAUAAGUCACUGAGAAGCAGGGAGAGUGGUGGGUGGGGGAGAGAGACAGAUUUUACAUUAUGUUUUCUGGUUAGCGUAAUAAUUUCACACAACUGUCAAUGACAAAACAUUAUAUUAGCACAAUUAUAUUACCCUUUGUUACGGGAUGUCACGCUUUCUCGGCCACCCUGUACAUUACAGUAUGUUAAUAUUAUCUUUGGAUACUUUACUUUCAACUUAAAGUAUUGACAAAGAGCCUCAUUUUACCCAUUAUGAUGUCUGUCAAUAGGUCCAAACAAUGCAAUGAUCAAUGAUUUUGUACGGAUGUUGUGGGAGCAAAAAGUUGAAAAAGUUGUGAUGCUGACAAAUUUGGUAGAAAAUGGAAAGGUUUGCUACAGAAAUUAAAGAACUGAAUUAUUUAUUUAUUUUUUUUUGGGUUAAUCUUCAAUUUCAGAGAGGGAAGUUUCAUUUUUUUAUCUUGAAAAAUUUAAAGCUUUUUUUGUUUGUGGAAAAAAACAUUUUUCUUGUAAACAUAUUUUUUUCUUUAAAAUCAUUUUAAGAUCAAAUAAGAUAAGAUCUUUAUUGAUCAAAAUAAAUGAAAACGUUUUUUGUUAUUAAAAUGUACAUUUUCAGUUUCAGCACAUAAAUAAAUACAUAUUUUAACCUAGACAAAAUUUUACAAUUAUCCAAAUUAAGACACAAGACAACUACAAUGUUUCUCUUUUGUAGAAAUCAGCCAUCAAUUUACUCUUUUAGUAACAAUAACUUAUUUAGUGAUCAUUUAGAUUUGGUAACCACUGGGGGGAGCACAUUAAUCUAUAUUUACAGACAAAAAAUAGCUGUACUACUCUUUAUCGCAUUAACCAAGUUAUAUAAUUAUUUUUAACCUUAAAGAUAAAAAAAAUAGAUAAAUAAAGCUGCUAAACUUAUGUCAGAGGUAAAUUUUGAGUAAAUAACCUAAAAUUCAGAACUUAAAAGUUGUCAGACAAAUCACCAUAUUAAAAGUUUUAGUGAAAAAAUUACUUUCGUCUUACCCGUUAAGUUUCUGCUGUAAUAAUAAAUCCGUAAUGGAAAACAAAAAAACAAUGCUGGCGUCGUCUUGAUAUUGGUAUAAAUAGGUUAAUGGUAGAUUACUUUAUGCUUAUUAGAAUCAAUAAUAUUUUACACAUACAAAAAUUAAUAGUAAAUAUCAAUCUGUUUUAGGCAAAAUGUGACAGAUACUGGCCAACAAAUGAGGAAGAGAAAUUUGGAUCAAUAAAAAUCAGGUUAACUACAACACAGAUUUUUGCAGAUUACACAAUCAGAAGAUUGGAACUCAUUAAGGUUGGAACUGAAAUAAAUUACUAUGCUAAAGUUGAAGACCAAUAAGUUCUCCCAUUAAAUCAUGUUUUACUUUAUCCUGUAGACCAGUGGUUCUCAAGGUUUUGAAGGCCGGAACACUAAACUCUGAUUUUUUUUUUUUUUUGCCUUGUAUUUGAUGGACAAUUAAAGUGGUUUUGCUGGAGAACAGACUGAGAGCCAAUGCUGUAGACCAGUGUUUCCAUAACGUUUCUAUACUCUGUACACCCUACAAAUUAUUUGACAAGUCUCACAACCCCUAAAAAUUAUUUUACUUAGUUUUGUGCCCCCUACACAAGUAACAAUGCAAGUUAAAGUUUGAAAACAAUGGACUUCUAAUUUAUUUACUCAACUGUAAAAGAACUGUAGAAUUUAUAAUAUAAGCUGGUGACUUAUUACAUAAAUGAAAAAAAAAAUCUACACAUUUAUGGCUUAAUUUAAAAACCAAUGUCUCCUCUGUUCUUAAAUCUUGCACCCAUUAAAUGUCUUUUCACAAAUAAUUGAAUCAAUGGCUUAACCAUGACAUCUCCAUCAAGUUUUAUGAUUUUUGGUGCUGUCUAACCCAACCUAUAUUAAAAUUUAAAAAGUAAAAGUCUCUUAUAUUCAAUCAAAUUGAUCUGGUUAAGGACAUAUAGUAGCAUUAUCUGUUGAUGUUUUUGUCCCAACCAAAAGACUCUGUGGGUGGUGGGGGGUGGUAACGCAACACCAAUCCUCCGGAGGGGAAGUAAACCCACCCAGAUUCUUAGGGAGAGUGGCCCACAAAUUCUUUAAACACAGCGUUUUUUGUUGACCGGACAUCCCCAGGCCAGGGGGGCAGGUUCUCGGCAUGCCCCCGCACGGUCUGGUGGUGGGGAAACCAGGCAUUUGGCCCAUGUGAGGGUGUUCCGAGGGGGGCAUUAAGAGCUUACACUCGAUGGCCCACCGACGCCUUUUCCCAAUGUGACGUUGAUGUGAGAAAAACAUUUAACCUUCAUCUUACAUAAAAUAGCAGUUAAGAGCUAGGGAGAUACUUUAAAAUAUAUUUUUAAACUAAUUACUUUGAAAAAAUUUUUUUUUUUAAAAAGCCAUCUGCAGCAUUUUCACAUCUUAUAAUUGUAUAAAUUUUGCUUCUGAGUCCAAAGGAAAAUUGCCUUUCCAUUAUUCUAUUUAUAAUUUUAAUGGCCUUUGAUGUAUCUUUUGCUUAUCAUAACAGUCGUGUGUUUGUUAUGUAUUUUUACAUCAUAAAGUUUAUUAUAAAUACUGAUUGAACUAUUUUCAAUCAAUACAGUAAUUUUUAGAAGCUUAAAUUUCUUUUGUCACCAUUAUAGUAUCAAUCAUCAAAAAUGCAUUAGGCUAAAUACAUUAUUUAUUUCAAGUCUAAAAAUAUCUUAUGUAACUGUAAUAUAUUGCAAUAAUUUCUCAACUCAUGAUAAAACUAUAAUAGAGGAAUAUAUUAAUUAACAACUAUAUUGAUUAUUCUUUUUAUCUUCAUUUUUUUCAAUAGAAGGGAAGUUCAACACAAACAUUCAUGCAAUUCCAUUUCACUACCUGGCCUGAUAAAGGGGUACCUUCCAGCCCAUGGGGUUUAGUAGAUUUUGAGCAGAGAGUAGCUUCUUAUCCUACAGAGGGACCAAUAGUUGUACAUUGUAGGUUAGUCAUUUAUUUAAUUAUAUUGGUAAUUAUAAAAAUUGAUUUUGAUAAAAAAAAAUUAAUAUUUUUACUGCAUAAUUUUAAAAUAUUCAAUUUUUUUUAAAAAUUAAUUUUAUUCUCUUUUCUCUUUCUAGCUUAUCUUCAUGCCCUGAAGAUAGUUUGCAUUUUAAUUUUCUAAUCCAUAUAAUGUUUGGUAUUUUUAAAAUAAUAAUUAAAAGGCAUAUAGUUAAUCUUCUUAGGGUCACUUGCAAUUUUAUUUAGUUUAUAAUCGCUGCAACAUAUUACAGUUGUUAGAAUGUGAUCAGUGUCUUCUUAUUUUCCAGUGCUGGUGUUGGUCGCACAGGAACUUUUAUAGCUCUAAGAAACAUUAUGAGAGAAGCUGAGGAUACAGGAAAAAUGGAUUUUUUCUACACCAUCUCAAAACUGAGACAGGAUAGAAUGUUGAUGAUUCAAACUGCUGUAAGUGACCAUGACUGAUAAACCUUCACACAUAAUUAUAAAGCUGCAAUGAUUUAAUUCUAAAUGUUCUUUCCUCGGAUGAUAAAAUCCUAAUGUAAUUUACUUUUACACAUAUAUGUAGUAAUUGAUCAUAUUUUCAUUAAUUAUUCUUUAGAUGUUUUUUUUUUCAGACAGAAAUCAUUGUUAAGAAUUUUCAUUUUCAAAAAUCUUAUUUGUCUAUUUAAUCAAAAAUAAUAAUUAUAAGGGUCUUAGUUUAAAAUUCACCUAUAACUCAUAUCAAGUUAAUUAUAGGUGUCUGUUGCAGGAACAAUAUGAAUUCUUGCAUCGAUCUGCACAAGUUGCUAUGGUGUGCAUAGGGACCACUAUAACAGCUAAAGGCAUUGCUAACAGAAUUAAACAUUUAGAGACUGUGCUGCCCUCUGGAAAGACAUUAAUGGAAAAAGAGUAUGAGGUUAAAACUUAAAUGCAGUUUUUUUCUACACUAAUAAUACCUUAACAAUGGUGUGUGUUGUUUAUGCAAUUCUUGAUGGGGUAGAACUACAUAAAAUGUUACUCCAACUUCAUUUUGGCACAAGUUGGUGACCUUGAUUGUAACCCUUUUGGUAUUCUUUCUUACAUAAUUGCUGACACAUACCUUUAUUUUAUUUAUGCCUUCAGGAUGUGUGUAAUGUCAGUGAAGAUAAUCACCUUAGAAACAGAGAUGCUGAUUCUGAAGAAAAUACAGAAAGUAUCUACCAGAAUAAAGAAACUUUCAGUUUAGAGAUGAAGACUGACAGAUCUUUAGAAAUAAAACCAAGUGAGAUUUAUCUGAUAGAAAUGUAGAUAUAAAACCAAGUGAAAUGCACCUAAAAUAUACUUCUUGCAUUUUAGAUCGAAAGUCUGUUAAAUAUCUUAAUGAAGUACAAAAACAUCACCGAUGAAAUGUUCUAUGUUAAACUAUUGUUUAAUAUUAUUAUGACUAUGGCUGUUGCUACAAUAAAUUUAAGGAAUACAUUUAAGGAACAAUUGGGAUUUCCAUAUGAUGAAUUAUAAAUUUCGGCAACAUCUCUUUGUCUCACUUGAUGUUUUCUGUUGUUUUUUUUUUGUUUUUUUCAAUCUUUAGUUUUAUCUUUUGACUUAAUUUUGCUAACAAAGUUAAUGUUAUCUACUAGUUUAAAAAUUAAAUGAUACUUUUAGGGAAUAUAAUUGACAAAAUGUGAACUAAAAGAGGAUUUUUAAAAAUGUAUUUUCACAGAAGAACGAUAUAGAGUGCAACUCGCUGGAGAUACUGAUUUUAUUAAUGCUGUGAUUGUACCGGUAUGGAUUACAUCUGUUUUAUAAUAUCUGUUUCAAAUAUAUUACACUUGAGGAAUAUAAUGGUGUACUUACAUAAUGUGGGUGUUGACUAGACAAUUGUAUGUUAGAAAGGUGUGGUGGUGCUAUAAAUGUUAGAAAAGGUGUGGUGAUGUAAUAUAUUUAAGAAAGAUAUGGUGGUGUCAUAUAUGUUAGAAAGGUGUUGUGUCAUUCGUUUUAGAAAUGUGUGGUGGUGUAAUAUAUGUUAGAAAGAAGUGGUGAUGCCAUAUAUUUUAGAAAGAUAUUUUUGGUGUCAUAUAUGCUAGAAGUGUGUGGUGAUGCCAUAUGUUUUAGAAUGAUGUGUUGGUGUCAUAUAUGUUAGAAAGAUGUUGUGGUAUCAUAUAUGUUAGAAAUGUGUGGUGAUGCCAUAUAUUUUAGAAAGAUGUGUUGGUGUCACAUCUGUUAGAAAGGUGUUGUAGUGGCAUAUAUGUUAGAAAGGUGUGGUCAUGCCAUAUAUUUUAGUAAGACACGAACAAAUUAUGUCAAUAGAACAGUAUGAGUUAGCUUUAAUAAUAAUUGUACAUUAUACAGAAUUAAACGUUUCGGCACAUGCCUUCAUCAGUACAAACAAACACAACACAUUUAAAUAAGUAUAAAUUAAAUUUACAUAAUGUCAAUAUAUAUAUCCUACCUAAANUAUAUAUAUUGACAUUAUGUAAAUUUAAUUUAUACUUAUUUAAAUGUGUUGUGUUUGUUUGUACUGAUGAAGGCAUGUGCCGAAACGUUUAAUUCUGUAUAAUGUACAAUUAUUAUUAAAGCUAACUCAUACUGUUCUAUUGACACAAUUUGUUCGUGUCUUAUUAAUCUAUUUUAAAGCUUUAUUGCAGUCCAACACUUUUUAUAAUUAGUUAACAUAUAUUUUAGAAAGAUAUGUUGGUGUCAUAUAUGUUAGAAAGAUGUAGUGAUGCCAUAUGUUGGAAAGAUGUUGUGAUGCCAUAUGUUAGAAAGGUGUGGUUAUGCCACAUGUUAGAAGGGUGCGAUGAUGCCAUAUGUUAGAAAUGUGAGGUGAUGCCAUAUAAAUUAGAAAGAUGUGUUGGUGCCUCAUGUCCUUUGGAUUGCAAAAAAAACAUUUUGAUUGCUUUGCAAAAUUUGUAACAAAUUUCACCUUAACUAAAUGAUAGCUUGCAAUACAAUUAGUAAGUACAGAUGCAGUACAAUGGACUGGAGUUAAAUCAGGAUAUCAUUCAUAAAAUGAUCAAAACAAAAUAAGGGAAACCUGAAAAAAUAAUGCAACAAAACAUUGAAUGUGUCAGCAAGAAGCCUUCUUCAACCAACAAACAACAGUAAAAAACAAUAUAAAAUAAAAUUUAAAUAAGCACUCGGCUGCAAUGUAGCAUUGGAGAAGACAGCAAGAGGAAUGUGACAUUCAUAAACUGAUGAAGGAAGCUGGUGGUCAGGUACUGAUCCCUUAUAAACAAAUGGCUUUGCUGCAUCAUGAGCAUCAAUAAUAGGUUAUGGAGAAUGUCUACUUUGAGUAGGAGAGUCAGAUGGAGGAUUUCCUUGGUUCAAAUGAGAUUUGGCAUUUCGGAGAUUAAAAAUGAUAUAUUAUAUUGUAUAAAUCAUUUGGGUUGUAGAACAAAUCAUCUGAGUUUCCCUCAUUUGUUCUGGGGAAAUUUGCUUGAUAUAAGAAUGCUUUUGACUACAGCUCGUUUGCGAAUGAGUUUUGCUCAAAUCCAAGGUCAUACUGUUUAUAUUUGCUUAUAGGAAAAAUUAUUUACAAGGUUUGUACAUAGAACCUCCUCAAGAUGACCCCGAUUUGACUAAAUUCCCCAUUGUAUUGUUGUAAGCUUUUGAAACAUAGUGGUGUUUUUUUUUUCAAUCUAUUUUUUUUAAACAAAUGUAAUUUUGAAAUAUUUUUAUUUUGAAUUCUCUGUAUGUGUUUUUUUUUUUUAAUUUUUAAAGAGCUUCACAAAGUCAGAUCAACAAAUUCUAACUCAUCUCCCUACAUCAGCAACUGUAAUGGAGUUCUGGAAAAUGAUCAUCCAGUAUCAAGUGUCUCUUGUUCUAGCUUUUGAAGUAGAUGCAAUGGUUGGAGACGAGGUAAUCUGUCAAUUAGUUCAAAUUUGGGUCUCAGUCUCCUUCUCUAUAUUUCAUAUUCAAAUAUAAACAAAGCACUUCCCACUUACUCAUUAAAUCCUUCUGAAUUUAAAAUUAGCAAUAGUCAAAUGCAUUCUUACAUGUUUGAUUUGGUAGAUAUAUUUUUAUCUUCUAAACACAAGGUGUGCUAUAAGUACACAUUGAAUUAAGAAUAACAUUAUAGUUAUUUUGAGUAUUAAAAAUCAAAAUAUUAAAAUGGUAUUUGUAUUUUUUUCUUUUAAAUUUCUCAGUCACUUGGUCACUACCUGCCCAGCAGCUCUAAACCAAUAAAAACGCCACAGUUUGAAGUACACAUGGAAAGUUUAGUAUGCGAAAAAUUUUGGGAAGAGAAGAAACUGAAAGUUGUUGUAAAACAAAUGUCAAACGCAGUAAGCAAAUGUGUUAUAUGUUAUGUUAUGUUUUUCUGCUAGACAGAAGAGUAAUAAAAAAAUUUUUUAAAGUUGUCUUGCAGAAUUUGUUUUUUUUUAAAAUUUUAUAGUAAUGUAACAUUAAAUCUUAGUUAUAAGGAAUGUAAUAUAAUAUUUAUAUCUUCAAAUUUUAUGAUAUAAGUUAAGAAAUGGCUUAAGUUAUAUUUGAAAAACAAUUUUAAUAUAAACUUAUGAUUAUUUUUAUUUUUUUUACUAAUAAGUCAAUAUAAUAAAGAUGUGAUUUUGAUACCUGACAGAGAUCCAAAGAACACACAGUUACCCAUGUGAAAUGCACAUUUUUUGAACUUGACCCAAAGAAAGUCUUGAGUUUCCUUAGACAAGCCCGCUCCUACAAUGCAUUAAAAGAUGGAGUCAUUGUGUACAUGUGCAGGUAAAUGACAAAACUGUUGUAUCCUGAGGUCAACCUUAACGUUGGCAGCAUUUAAAUUAAACAGGGGAUUUACUUGGACAAUUCACAAUGUAAUUUACACCAUUGUUUGCAGAAAUUAGUACACAUUUAUUCAAUAGUAUAGUACAUAUGGAUCAUUAAGUAAAGUUUUGAACAAAUUAUUACGGUGUGUGUGAGUGUGAGAAGGGUGGAGGAGGGGGGGUGUAGGUAAAAACGAAUGUAUUUGAAAAAUGUGUUAAAUUUUAUUAUUAUAUUUAAUAUUUCUUCAGGAAUGGAGCAAAAUACUGUGGCCUUGCUUGCGUGCUCACUCUUUUAAUGGACAGAAUGGAUAAUGAUUUGAAUCUUACAGUCCCAUUGGUGGUUGGAUGUUUGAAAACUAUACGACCGGAAGUCAUUCCAUCUCUUGUAAAUAUUCAUUUGCUGAACACUUUGUUGCAUAAUGAUUUGAGCAAGUUACUGCUUUCUUGCAGGGCCAAAUGGUGUUUUAACUUAUCUGGAACAAAGUUUUAGGUCCUCUAAUUCAUUACUGGAGUACCUCACUAUAAUCAAUACAUUUGAAAUUAGAUAAUUCCCCAAAAAAUAUACCAUUACGUCAAAGCUCAUUUGAAUUGAGACUGAGAGGGCAUAAAACAUGGGUCCAAUUAUUUGUAGCAUGAUGACACAAUUAAGUUUAGUCUCACAAUCAACAUUUUGUUUAAAAAUUAGACUUUAAAAAAGUGUUAACCUUGUGAAUUUUGUUUAAAAAAUAUAAUAGGAAGGCUUUAAAAAGUGUUUACCUGGCGUUACAAGACUUUAUAAAAAAAAUUAAUUUAGAAAUUUAUUUUUUAAUUUAAAGUUUAAGUGUCCAUUUUUGUGUGUUUUAUAAUAGGUACAGUACAGAGUUCUUUAUCAGGUGCUUUUACGCUAUAGAGAAACUUCUGCAUCAUACACCAACUUUGGGGACUCCAAAGAAAAGAUUCAUCAAAGUUCUGACAUCAAGCCCGUCCAAGAGAAUGAAACAGAAGCAGAUGAUGAUAUUAAUAUUUAUGCCAAUACCUAAUUCCAAUGAUUAUUCUUAACUAUAUCAAGUUGCUGCAUGUAAAAUAGGGCUCUAUAAUACUCAGAAGAGGCUUAUAUGACACUAGGGCUGUGUAACUUACCAUACUCAGAAGAGGCUUAUAUGACACUAGGGCUGUGUAACUUACUAAGAAAUUGGAAUGAAAGAAAUUAAUUGACAGCGCAACUAUACUGUUAAAUCUAUUUUAUUUUGUUUGGCACAUAGGUUAAAAUUUCGUGUGGUUGUCUUAAUGCAAAUGCAACAAAUUAAAAGUGAAAAUACUUUUGUAAUUAAUUUUUCAUCCAAACAACACAAAUUUGUUAAUGUAAGCUCCUUCAGGCUUAAAAUGAAUUUUUGUUGACAUAUUUUAUGCGUCAUUUUUAAAUUGUUUCAGAGAAGAAAAUUAUCUGUUUAUUGGUCGUAAUAGUCCAGCUUUCAACAGGGCCUCUAAUGAGAUAGCCACAUCAUGACCAGGCUAAUCUAAAAUCUGUUUGUCACCAAAAACGCUGAGAAAAAUAACAAAUUCAUUAAUUUCAUCAGUGAUUAAUUUAUUUAAUGUAAAAGUUCUUUAACAAAAGUUUGAAACUCACCUUACUCCCUCUUAACAGAUCCUCAAAUUAAUAAUAUAUGGCAACUUUGCUCAUUGAAUCAAAAUUUACAACGAACUCUCUUCCUUCUUAAAAAUGUGUCCCUUCUUGCUAUGUUAAUAACACAAUAAAUAUGGGAACAAAUAUUUUAUGCUGCUGCUGGUAAGAACUAACUUUUUAAUAUUUUUAAAAUCACUACUCCCAUUUAUUCCUAAUGAAAAUUGUUUAAAUAUAUUGUAUAAAGCAGGUAUCUUCUUAGGGUACCAAUUUGAAAAUCUGCGCUUAUCUUAAUUUAAGUACUCUAAAGUAAUCUUAAUUCGAUAUGUUUAGUUGUAACAAUUUGCUGAAAUGUAGUGUUCCUACCAUGUGGCUAAACUCAUAUUUGUAGUCUAAUGGUGCUUUCAUUAUGCUCAAUGCUAGGAAUUAAAGAUAGUAUUUAAACAUAAAUUUACAUUUUUCCACAUGUUUAAAAAUGUUUAUCAUCCUAUUUAUGGCAGGUGUCAUCUGGUCCUAGAAUUGAAUAAUUUAUAUCCAUGACGCUGGAUUGCUCUUCAUAUUUUAUUAUCUCACACAAAUUUUGUACAUCGCAUUUUAAUAAAUGUGUACACCCUUUUUAAA